AUGAGCACCACAAUAACACCUCAAAUAACCUCAACUACACAAGCAACUACCACAUCCCCUAGUACAACAACACCACCAAGCACCACAACUACCAUAACAACACCCACCAUAACCUCAUCCACAACUUCAACAACACCGAGCACCACAAUAACACCUCCAAUAACCUCAACUACACAAGCAACUACCACACCCCCUAGUACAACAACAUCACCAAGCACAACAACUACCACAACAACACCCACCAUAACCUCAUCCACAACUACAACAACAUCGAGCACCACAAUAACACCUCAAAUAACCUCAACUACACAAGCAACUACCACACCAUCAAGCACCACACCUACCACAACACCCACCAUAACCUCAGCCUCAACUACAACAACACUGAGCACCACAAUAGCACCUCAAAUAACCUCAACUACACAAGCAACUACCACAUCCCCUAGUACAACAACACCACCAAGCACCACAACUACCAUAACAACACCCACCAUAACCUCAUCCACAACUUCAACAACACCGAGCACCACAAUAACACCUCCAAUAACCUCAACUACACAAGCAACUACCACACCCCCUAGUACAACAACACCACCAAGCACCACAACUUCAACAACAACACCCUCCAUAACCUCAUCCGCAACUUCAACAACACAGAGCACCACAAUAACACCUCCAAUAACCUCAACUACACAAGCAACUACCACACCCUCUAGUACAACAACACCACCAAGCACCACUACUACACCACCAAGCACCACAGCUACCACAACACCCACCAUAACCUCAUCUACAACUACAACAUCAAGCACCACAAUAACACCUCCAAUAACCUCAACUACACAAGCAACUACCACACCACCAAGCACCACACCUACCACAACACUCACCAUAACCUCAGCCUCAACUACAACAACACUGAGCACUACAAUAACACCUCAAAUAACCUCAACUACACAAGCAACUACCACAUCCCCUAGUACAACAACUCCACCAAGCACCACAACUACCAUAACAACACCCACCAUAACCUCAUCCACAACUUCAACAACACAGAGCACCACAAUAACACCUCCAAUAACCUCAACUACACAAGCAACUACCACACCUUCUAGUACAACAACAUCACCAAGCACAACAACUACCACAACAACACCCACCAUAACCUCAUCCACAACUACAACAACAUCGAGCACCACAAUAACACCUCAAAUAACCUCAACUACACAAGCAACUACCACACCUUCUAGUACAACAACACCACCAAGCACCACUACUACACCACCAAGCACCACAGCUACCACAACACCCACCAUAACCUCAUCUACAACUACAACAUCGAGCACCACAAUAACACCUCCAAUAACCUCAACUACACAAGCAACUACCACACCCCCUAUCACAACUACACCACCAAGCACCACAACUACCACAACAACACCCACCAUAACCUCAUCCACAACUUCAACAACACCAAGCACCACAAUAACACCUCCAAUAACCUCAACUACACAAGCAACUACCACACCCCCUAGUACAACAACACCACCAAGCACCUCAACUACCAUAACAACACCCACCAUAACCUCAUCUACAACUACAACAUCGAGCACCACAAUAACACCUCCAAUAACCUCAACUACACAAGCAACUACCACACCACCAAGCACCACACCUACCACAACACCCACCAUAACCUCAGCCUCAACUACAACAACACUGAGCACUACAAUAACACCUCAAAUAACCUCAACUACACAAGCAACUACCACAUCCCCUAGUACAACAACUCCACCAAGCACCACAACUACCAUAACAACACCCACCAUAACCUCAUCCACAACUUCAACAACACAGAGCACCACAAUAACACCUCCAAUAACCUCAACUACACAAGCAACUACCACACCCCCUAGUACAACAACACCACCAAGCACCACAACUACCACAACAACACCCACCAUAACCUCAGCCACAACUACAACAACACUGAGCACCACAAUAACACCUCCAAUAACCUCAACUACACAAGCAACUACCACACCCUCUAGUACAACAACACCACCAAGCACCACUACUACACCACCAAGCACCACAGCUACCACAACACCCACCAUAACCUCAUCUACAACUAUAACAUCGAGCACCACAAUAACACCUCCAAUAACCUCAACUACACAAGCAACUACCACACCCCCUAGUACAACACCACCACAAAGCACAACAACUACCACAACAACACCAACCAUAACUGCAUCCACAACUACAACAACACUGAGCACCGCAAUAACACCUCCAAUAACCUCAACUACACAAGCAACUACCACACCCCCUAGUACAACAACACCACAAAGCACAACAACUACCACAACAACACCAACCAUAACUGCAUCCACAACUACAACAACACUGAGCACCGCAAUAACACCUCCAAUAACCUCAACUACACAAGCAACUACCACACCUUCUAGUACAACAACACCACCAAGCACCACUACUACACCACCAAGCACCACAGCUACCACAACACCCACCAUAACCUCAUCUACAACUACAACAUCAAGCACCACAAUAACACCUCCAAUAACCUCAACUACACAAGCAACUACCACACCCCCUAUCACAACUACACCACCAAGCACCACAACUACCACAACAACACCCACCAUAACCUCAUCCACAACUUCAACAACACCAAGCACCACAAUAACACCUCCAAUAACCUCAACUACACAAGCAACUACCACACCCCCUAGUACAACAACACCACCAAGCACCUCAACUACCAUAACAACACCCACCAUAACCUCAUCCACAACUUCAACAACACCGAGCACCACAAUAACACCUCCAAUAACCUCAACUACACAAACAACUACCACACCCCCUAGUACAACAACACCACCAAGCACCACACCUACCACAACACCCACCAUAACCUCAGCCUCAACUACAACAACACUGAGCACCACAAUAACACCUCAAAUAACCUCAACUACACAAGCAACUACCACAUCCCCUAGUACAACAACACCACCAAGCACCACAACUACCAUAACAACACCCAUCAUAACCUCAUCCACAACUUCAACAACACCGAGCACCACAAUAACACCUCCAAUAACCUCAACUACACAAGCAACUACCACACCCUCUAGUACAACAACACCACCAAGCACCACUACUACACCACCAAGCACCACAGAUACCACAACACCCACCAUAACCUCAUCUACAACUACAACAUCGAGCACCACAAUAACACCUCCAAUAACCUCAACUACACAAGCAACUACCACACCACCAAGCACCACACCUACCACAACACCCACCAUAACCUCAGCCUCAACUACAACAACACUGAGCACCACAAUAACACCUCAAAUAACCUCAACUACACAAGCAACUACCACAUCCCCUAGUACAACAACUCCACCAAGCACCACAACUACCAUAACAACACCCACCAUAACCUCAUCCACAACUUCAACAACACAGAGCACCACAAUAACACCUCCAAUAACCUCAACUACACAAGCAACUACCACACCCCCUAGUACAACAACACCACCAAGCACCACAACUACCACAACAACACCCACCAUAACCUCAGCCACAACUACAACAACACUGAGCACCACAAUAACACCUCCAAUAACCUCAACUACACAAGCAACUACCACACCCUCUAGUACAACAACACCACCAAGCACCACUACUACACCACCAAGCACCACAGCUACCACAACACCCACCAUAACCUCAUCUACAACUACAACAUCGAGCACCACAAUAACACCUCCAAUAACCUCAACUACACAAGCAACUAACACACCCCCUAUCACAACUACACCACCAAGCACCACAACUACCACAACAACACCCACCAUAACCUCAUCCACAACUACAACAACUCCGAGCACCACAAUAACACCUCCAAUAACCUCAACUACACAAGCAACUACCACACCCCCUAGUACAACAACACCACAAAGCACAACAACUACCACAACAACACCAACCAUAACUGCGUCCACAACUGCAACAACACUGAGCACCGCAAUAACACCUCCAAUAACCUCAACUACACAAGCAACUACCACACCCCCUAGUACGACACCACCAAGCCCCACUACUACACCACCCAGCACCACACCAACCACAACAACACCCACCAUAACCUCAGCCACAACUACAACAACACUGAGCACCACAAUAACACCUCCAAUAACCUCAACUACACAAGCAACUACCACACCCCCUAGUACAACAACACCUCCAAGCACCACUACUACACCACCAAGCACCACAACUACCACAACAACACCCAUCAUAACUGCAUCCACAACUACAACAACACUGAGCACCGCAAUAACACCUCCAAUAACCUCAACUACACAAGCAACUACCACACCACCAAGCACCACACCUACCACAACACCCACCAUAACCUCAGCCUCAACUACAACAACACUGAGCACCACAAUAACACCUCAAAUAACCUCAACUACACAAGCAACUACCACAUCCCCUAGUACAACAACACCACCAAGCACCACAACUACCAUAACAACACCCACCAUAACCUCAUCCACAACUUCAACAACACCGAGCACCACAAUAACACCUCCAAUAACCUCAACUACACAAGCAACUACCACACCCUCUAGUACAACAACACCACCAAGCACCACUACUACACCACCAAGCACCACAGAUACCACAACACCCACCAUAACCUCAUCUACAACUACAACAUCGAGCACCACAAUAACACCUCCAAUAACCUCAACUACACAAGCAACUACCACACCACCAAGCACCACACCUACCACAACACCCACCAUAACCUCAGCCUCAACUACAACAACACUGAGCACCACAAUAACACCUCAAAUAACCUCAACUACACAAGCAACUACCACAUCCCCUAGUACAACAACUCCACCAAGCACCACAACUACCAUAACAACACCCACCAUAACCUCAUCCACAACUUCAACAACACAGAGCACCACAAUAACACCUCCAAUAACCUCAACUACACAAGCAACUACCACACCCCCUAGUACAACAACACCACCAAGCACCACAACUACCACAACAACACCCACCAUAACCUCAGCCACAACUACAACAACACUGACCACCACAAUAACACCUCCAAUAACCUCAACUACACAACACCACUACUACACCACCAAGCACCACAGCUACCACAACACCCACCAUAACCUCAUCUACAACUACAACAUCGAGCACCACAAUAACACCUCCAAUAACCUCAACUACACAAGCAACUACCACACCCCCUAUCACAACUACACCACCAAGCACCACAACUACCACAACAACACCCACCAUAACCUCAUCCACAACUUCAACAACUCCGAGCACCACAAUAACACCUCCAAUAACCUUAAUUACACAAGCAACUACCACACCCCCUACCACAACUACAACAACACUGAGCACCGCAAUAACACCUCCAAUAACCUCAACUACACAAGCAACUACCACACCACCAAGCACCACACCUACCACAACACCCACCAUAACCUCAGCCUCAACUACAACAACACUGAGCACCACAAUAACACCUCAAAUAACCUCAACUACACAAGCAACUACCACAUCCCCUACAACUACCACACCACCAAGCACCACACCUACCACAACACCCACCAUAACCUCAGCCUCAACUACAACAACACUGAGCACCACAAUAACACCUCAAAUAACCUCAACUACACAAGCAACUACCACAUCCCCUACAACUACCACACCACCAAGCACCACACCUACCACAACACCCACCAUAACCUCAGCCUCAACUACAACAACACUGAGCACCACAAUAGCACCUCAAAUAACCUCAACUACACAAGCAACUACCACAUCCCCUACAACUACCACACCACCAAGCACCACACCUACCACAGCAACACCCACCAUAACCUCAGCCACAACUACAACAACACUGAGCACCACAAUAACACCUCCAAUAACCUCAACUACACAAGCAACUACCACACCACCAAGCACCACACCUACCACAGCAACACCCACCAUAACCUCAGCCACAACUACAACAACACUGAGCACAACAAUAACACCUCAAAUAACCUCAACUUCACAAUACAACAACACCACCAAGCAACACUACAACACCACAAGCACCACAGCUACCACAAUAACACCCACCAUAACCUCAUCCACAACUACAACAACACAGAGCACCGCAAUAACGUCUCCAAUAACCUCAACUACACCAGUAACUACCACAUCCCCUUGCACCACAGCAACAACACCAGACACCACUACUGCAACACCAGGUAUCACAACUUCACCCAAAACUACCAUAACAACAUCCCCUAUAAGCGCAUCCACAACUACAACAACACCGAGCACCACAAUAACACCUCCAAUAACCUCAACUACACAAGCAACUACCACACCCCCUAG